AUGAUCCAGCCAGGAAUCUGCACUAAAGGGAAACUGUAUGAAUGCGGAAAAAUCUUCAGUAAUGACUCAUCCCUGAUUGUUCAUCGGAGAGUCCACACAGGAGAGAGACCCUAUAACUGCCCAGAGUGUGGGAAAUCCUUCCCUCAGAGCUCCACCCUUGUUGUGCAUCAGAGAGUGCACACAGAAGAGAAACCCUAUAAAUGCCCCGACUGCGGGAAAAGAUUCAAGCGGAGCUCAACCCUUAUUUCACACCAGAAAAUCCACACAGGAGAGAGACCUUAUAACUGCCUGGAAUGUGGGAAAAGUUUCAAUCAAGGCUCAAACCUAAUUAAGCAUCAGAGAAUCCACACGGGGGAGAGACCCUAUAACUGCCUUGAGUGCAGGAAAAGUUUCACUCGGCACUCGCACCUCAUUAGACAUCAGAGAAUGCACACUGGAAAGAUACCCUAUAGGUGCCCUGACUGUGGAAAAAACUUUAGUGAUAGCUCAGCUGUUAUUAGACAUCAGAGGAUCCAAACUGGAGAGAGACCCUAUAAAUGCCUUGAGUGUGGGAAAAGCUUCAAGCAGAGCUCAGACCUUAUGAAUCAUCAGAGAAGCCACACGGGAGAAAAACCCUAUUACUGCCCUGAGUGUGGGAAGGGGUUCAGUCGGAAGGCUCACGUUAUUUCGCACCAGAAAAUGCACAGGCCAGAGAGAUCCUUUAACUGCCUUGAGUGUGGGAAAAACUUCACUAGGAGCUCUGACCUCAUUAGACAUCAGAAAACCCACACUAGGAAGACACCAUAUAAAUGUUCUGUCUGUCGAAAAAGCUUCAAGCAGAGGUUAGAACUUAUUUCACAUCAGAGAGCCCACACAACAAAAAGAAACUAUAAAUGUUCUGUCUGUGGGAAAAGCUACAAGGUGAAGGUCUCUCUAAUGUCCCAUCAGAAACUCCACACAGGCUAG